AUAUUUUUCAGUUAAUAUAGUUAAUCGCGUUAUAAAUAAUUUAAAUUGAAAUUGAAACUAUAAAAAUUGUUUAAUUAUAGACAAUAGAAGUGAACAUGAUAAUGAUCGUGAUGUUUAUAAUGAAAAACCAUCUCGUGAAGAAAUUUUAACAGCAACAGAAGAACAAGCGUUAUCAUCAUUAUCUCAAUCAGCAAUAAUUCAUACAACAUAUGGUGAUAUUCAUGUUCGUUUAUUUCCUGAAUAUGUUCCAAAAACAUGUGAAAAUUUUAUUCAACAUUCUAAACAAUCUUAUUAUAAUGGUUGUAUUUUUCAUCGUGUUAUUAAACAAUUUAUGAUUCAAACAGGUGAUCCAUUAGGAAAUGGAACAGGUGGUCAAUCAAUAUGGGGAAAAGAUUUUCAAGAUGAAUUUCAUCCUCAAUUAAAACAUGAUCGUCCAUAUACACUUUCAAUGGCAAAUGCUGGACCAAAUACAAAUGGUUCACAAUUUUUUAUAACUGUUGUACCAUCUCCAUGGCUUGGUAAUAAACAUACAAUUUUUGGAA